AUGCAAGAAAAACAUCAGCAAUUGAAAUUACUUCCUUCAUGGAAACGUGACGAUUGGAAAUAUCAUCAUAUGAGUGACCGUGAUUCAGUAUCAUUAAGUCAAAGUAUUCAUACAGAUAAAUCAAAACGACAAAUAGACAAUGGAAGUUUGGUCAGUGAAGACUAUCGUCAUUCUUCUCGUAAUUCAAAAGUUAAACGAUUAUCUUAUCAUAUUAAUCAAAAAAAACUUUUAUUACAUUCACCUACAAUACAUAUUCCUGAAAUGUCAGAGAAAAGUUUAAAGCGAUGGUGCGAAGCUCGCAAUACAUAUCUCGGUCAACAGUAUCCAUAUAUACAAAAAGAUCGAAGAAUCAAACAAAAACAGAAAAUAUCAAAAAAUGAAGACAUUGAAUCGAUUUGUACGGUUCAAUCUGAACAAUUCAGUGGAAUAGAUCUUCAACAUCGUUCACUUGAAAAACAACAACCGAAAAACGAACAAAUAAUUUGUGAUUAUUUCAAAGAUGAAUGUAUUGGAACAGAAAUAAAUGAAGCAGUAUUAUUAAAUACAUAUGUCGAACGAAUUGAUCAAGCAAAUCAAGUAGAUUUACCGCUUCCUCAAUUUGAAUUAUAUCAUGAUAAUGAUGCAAUAACGAUAGAAAAUGAACCAAAACAACAAAUAUUAUCGGAUCAAGAAUCUGUUGAAUAUUGUGACAAAGCCAUAGAAACAGAUUUAAUCUUAAAUCCUAUUGAAAAAGAAAAUGAAUCUAUUCAUCAAAACAUAAAAGAUAAUAUAAAAGACUCACUAGUUGAUCCAAAUAUCGAUCAAAUUCAUGAUAAUGGUACUAGAACGAUUCUCUCAUCAACUAAAUCGAAUGCUUCCGUUUAUGAACAGCUUCAAAUACUACGAUUUCGUUUCAAACGUUUAUCACAAGAACGUCGUAUACUGAGCUGUCUUUUAAUUUUAUAUGUUAUUAUCAUGUGUGGUUUACUUAUUGUUAUAUGUCUUUUAUUAUGGGGAUUUCAAGGACGAUCACUGAUUUUCUAUGGAGAAGUAACAAUGACUGAUACUACUAAUGAUAUUAUUGAUGGAGUUGCUCGAUAUGGUGAAUCGUGUCAUCAUGAUAAUGAUUGUAAGCGACCGUUUACAUGUUACAAGAAAAUAUCAUCAUCAUCAUUAUUAUUAUCGGGUAUCUGUCGAUGUCCAUUAAAAUAUGAUUUAGUUAACAAUCAAUGUAUCGGUAAUCUAAAUGCAUUAUGUAGAAAAGAUACUGAUUGUCAACGAUAUAUGCUUUGUUCAGGUAUGGAAGAUGGAACAAGACGUUGUCAUUGUCAGACAUUAUAUAGCUAUGAUACUGAACAAAAACAAUGUUAUGGUGAUUAUCAUGCUUCAUGUCAAAGUAAUAUUGAUUGUCGAGCUAAUCUUAUAUGUAAUAAAACGAGUGUUCCAUCAAUAUGUUCAUGUCCAUUAAAUUACCGAUAUUAUCCAUUAGGACAUAAAUGUCGUGGUGAUCCGGGUGCUAUUUGUGAGACAGCAACUGCUGAAUGUGCUGAUAAUGCAGAAUGUCGUGAUGGUGCAUGUGAAUGUGCAUUUCAAUAUGUACCUGAUGAGAAUAAACUAUGUGUUGAUCCUUGUCCCAAAAUAGAACCAAAUCCAGUAAGAAUUCGUUAUCCAGGAAAUUGUCGACGAUUUAUUGAUUGCCAACGAAGAUCAAAAAGUGAAUGUCCUGAAAUGACAAUAUUCAAUUUUCGUACUCAACUUUGUGAUUAUCCUAAAAAUGUGUUAGAUUGUCGAUAG